GAAGCCCUCCGCCUUGGCACAGCCGCGCCUCGGAUGGCCCCCGCGCUGGCCAGCGCUCUCCCCGGCCGCGGGAAGCAAGGUCCGCGGUGCUGACGGAGCUCGCCCUCCAGAGCCUCCGGGGGCCCGGGGACCAUGGCCAGCAGCCCUCUGCCCGGCCCCGCCGACCUGCUCCUGGCCGCCCCGUCGGGGGCCGCCUUCCCGGCAGACGCCUUGGGCCAAGGGCCGCCGCCUUCCUCCUCUUCCUCGGCGCCGGCGCCGCGGGGCCCCCCGCCGGGGAGCGGGCCCUUGCCCAAGCCCAACCAGGUGGGCCAGGUGGUGCUGUACGGCCUGCCCAUCGUGUCGCUGGUGAUCGACGGCCAGGAGCGCCUGUGCCUGGCGCAGAUCUCCAACACGCUGCUGAAGAGCUUCAGCUACAACGAGAUCCACAACCGCCGGGUGGCGCUGGGCAUCACGUGCGUGCAGUGCACGCCGGUGCAGCUCGAGAUCCUCCGACGGGCGGGCGCCAUGCCCAUCUCGUCGCGCCGCUGCGGCAUGAUCACCAAGCGCGAGGCCGAGCGGCUGUGCAAGUCCUUCCUGGGGGAGACGCGGCCCCCCAAGCUGCCGGACAACUUCGCCUUCGACGUGUCGCACGAGUGCGCCUGGGGCUGCCGCGGCAGCUUCGUGCCGGCCCGCUACAACAGCUCGCGGGCCAAGUGCAUCAAGUGCGCCUACUGCAGCCUCUACUUCUCGCCCAACAAGUUCAUCUUCCACUCGCACCGCACCCCCGACGCCAAGUACACGCAGCCCGACGCCGCCAACUUCAACUCCUGGCGGCGCCACCUCAAGCUGACCGAGAAGGUCCCGCCCGACGAGCUGGUCUUCGCCUGGGAGGACGUCAAGGCCAUGUUCAACGGCGGCAGCCGCAAGCGGGCCCUGCCGUCGGGCCACCACCACCACCAUCACCACCACCACGCCGCCGCCGCCACCGCCGCGCCCCCCGCCGCCGCCCACUGCCACUUGGGCGCCGUCAAGGUGGGCGUCGGGGCCGGCCUGCUCAGCCCCCACCUCCUGGCCGGGCCGCCCCCGCCCCCGCCGCCCCCGGAGCUGCACCCCAAGCGCGGCCGCUUCGACGAGGACGACGAGCUGCAGGAGGCGGUGGCGGCGGCGGCGGUGGCGGCGGGCGGCAAAGCGCCCCGGAGCUACCCGGUCAUCCCGGUGCCCAGCAAGGGCGCCUCGCUGGGGGGCGUGCUGCAGAAGUUCCCCGGCUGCGGGGGGCUCUUCCCGCACGCCUACGGCUUCCCCGCCGCCGCCUUCGGGCUCUGCCACAAGAAGGAGGACUCCGACGGGCUCAGCGCCGGCGGGCAAGGCGGCGUCGGGGGCCACAAGGCGGCCCCCGCGGCCGGAGCCGGACUGUCCGGGCUCUUCUGGCCGGGCACCAGGAAAGACGCCGCCGCAGCCGCCGCAGCCGCUUUCUACCCGCCUUUCUGCAUGUUUUGGCCGCCCCGCGCCCCGGGGGGGCUUCCGGGACUCCCCACCUACCUGCAGCCCCCUCCUCAGCCCCCGGGGUGCUCGGCUCUGGGCGGCGACAGCCCCAGCUUGCUCCGCCAAGCCUUCUUGGACCUGGCUGAGCCCGGCGGCGGCGAGAGGGGGGGCGGGGGGCUGGGGACGCCCCCCACCGCGGCCGCCCCCCCUGCCAGCGGGGGCAGCAGAGAGCCGCGGGGCUUCGACGGGGAGGCCGCCCGUUCUCCGGCGGCCGAGGGCGGCGGGGGGUCCCGCGGCCCCGCGGCUCACCAGCCCCACCUGCUGGAGGGGCAGUCCCGCGGCAAGGGGGCGCCGGCCUACCACCACUCCAGCGCCUUCCGCCCCGUCGGGGGCAAAGAGGACUCGGAGAGCCUGGCCAAGCUGCACCACCACCACCAGCCGCGCGCCUCGGGCUCCCCGCCGCCCCUCCUGCUGCUGCCCCCCGAGCCGGACCCGGGGGGCUGCGACCGCCCCCACCCCCCGCCGGGCCACCGCCUCCUCUCCCCGGGGGGCACCAGCUGCAGCUACCCCAGCGAGGACAGCAGCGAGGAAGAGGAGGAGGAGGAGGAAGAGGAAGAAGAGGAAGAAGAGCCGGAGGUGGACGUGGAGAACCACAAGGCGCCCGAGGAAGAGGAGGCCGAGGAGGAGGCCGAGGAAGAGGAGGAGGAGGGGGUCCCGCUGGGCGGGGGGGAUCCCGCCGGGGAGGCAGGCCGCUACCUCCAGAGCCGGCCUUUGACGGACAAGGGACGGGCGAACCAUUCGGCGCCGCCUUUCCAGUUGGCCUCCUGCAGGCCGGCCCAGGAGGCGGAGGAGAAGUCCGGGGGGCCCAAUUCCGAGCAGCUGCUGCCUCCCCCUCCCCCUCUGCCCCCCUGCCCUCCGAAAGGGGGGAGCAGCCCGGCUCGCCAUCCAUCAGCCGAGGAGCAGCCGACGCCCCCCUACAAAGAUAUUCAGAAGAGCAAGGAAGGCCCCCAAGUCGUCAUAUCAGCGAAGGAAGACGCCUUUGCAGAUAAGAAUAAGGAACACAGUUUUUUCAUCACAGAUUCUGACCAUCCAGGAGGAGAUUUCUGGAGAAGCAUAGCAGGUAACCAGCAGGUACUUCGGGAAGCCUGA